AUGGAACUUCUCUCUACCUGGAAGAAGUUCAUCCCAAACUACAAGUGUGAUAGUAGAAGCAAUGCAGCUGCAGUCAUUGGAGGACCUGAUUCAAAUGUCUGCCGCCAUAUGGCCACCAUUCUAGGUAUCUACAAGGUUCCACAGCUCAUGUAUGGGUCUUCUCCAGCGAUGGAUAACAAACACGAAGGAACUUUUGCUCAACAGAUGUUUCCAAACUGGACCCAUCAAUACAAUGGGAUUCUUCGCUUACUUCUAUAUUUCAGGUGGACUUGGAUAGGGGUGCUUUAUGUCGAAGAUGAGAAUGGGGAAAGGUUUGUGCAGAAAGUCCUUCCUUUUUUUUCUCAGAGUGGCAUUUGCUUUGAUUUCAUUCAAAACUUACCCAAGCACAGCUUUUCUAGUAAAACCUUUAAUCUUAUAGAAAAGGGGGUUGAAACCUACAAGAUAACUGAGCGGAGCAGUUACGUCGUCUUAUUCAUGCACGGAGAACUACAGACGAUGCUAGUUUUAAGAGUGCUCAUCGCACUUUCGGAAUACGACAGAUCAACUAAGGCUGAGAGUAAAGUUUGGAUCAUGACAGCCCAGAUGGACUUCACCUCCCUCCCUUUUCAGAGGAAUACGGACAUAGACUUCCUUCAUGGUGCUCUCGCUCUGGCAGUUCACUCUGAGGAGAUAUCAGGAUUCCAAGCAUUUCUUCAGACCAGGAAACCUAGCUUGGAAAAAGAAGAUGGCUUUCUCCAGCUAUUUUGGGAAAGUGUGUUUGGAUGCUCCUUGUCUAACCCAAACUCAAGUGACAGGCCUGAGAGGACCUGCACUGGAGAGGAGAAACUGAACUUUCUCUCUGAGUCUAUUUUUGAGACAAGGAUGACUGCUCACAGCUAUAGUAUCUACAAUGCCGUCCAUACUGUGGCACAGGCCCUCCACUUAAUACAUGGGAUAAAUUCCAGACAACACACAUUGUCAAAAGAGCAGAAGCUUCUCAAUCAACAUUCAUGGCAGAUGUGCCCUGUUUCAAUAUGCAAUGAUAACUGCUUUAAAGGAUUUAGUAAGAGAAAAAAAGAAGGUCUGCCAUUUUGCUGCUAUGAUUGCUUUCCUUGUCCAAAAGGGAAGAUUUCUAAUCAAGAGGACAUGGAUGAUUGCAUUCAGUGCCCAGAAGGACAAUUUCCAAAUCAUGGACAGGAUGGAUGUCUUCCAAAAGAAAUUAUAUAUUUGUCACACAGAGAACCUUUAGGGAUUAGUUUGACCAUUCUUGCACUUUCAUUUUUUUUAAUCGCAGCAUCGGUGCUUCGAAUUUUUGUGAAGUACCAAGAUACUCCCAUUGUCAAAGCCAACAACAGGAAUCUUACUUAUACUCUCCUUGUUUCUCUCCUGCUCUCGUUCCUUUGUGCUUUACUGUUCAUUGGCCAGCCUGAGAAGGGGUUGUGUCUUAUUCGACAAAGCGCUUUUGGCAUCAUCUUUACAAUAGCUGUGUCAUGUGUCUUGGCUAAAACUGUAAUUGUGGUUCUCGCUUUUAAAGCCACCAAGCCGAAUUCCAAAAUGAGGAAGUGGGUUGGAAAACCCCUGGCCAACUCCAUUGUUUUUUCCUGCUCUUUUCUUCAAACAGUUAUUUGUAUAACAUGGUUGGCUAUUGCUCCUCCAUUCCCAGAUCUUGACAUUCAUUCUUUGCCUGAAGAAAUUUUAUUAGAAUGUAACGAAGGCUCAAAUAUCAUGUUUUACUGUGUCCUCAGCUUUAUGGGUUUCUUGGCUAUCGUGAGCUUCAUAGUAGCUUUUCUAGCUAGGACACUGCCUGAUAGUUUUAAUGAAGCCAAGUUUAUCACCUUCAGCAUGCUAAUAUUCUGUGCUGUUUGGUUGUCUUUUUUCCCAGCUUAUUUAAGUACUAAGGGAAAAUAUAUGGUGGCUGUAGAGAUCUUCUCCAUCCUGGCUGCCAGUGCUGGCUUACUGAGUUGUAUUUUUUUUCCAAAACUUUAUAUCAUUAUAGUGAAACCUGAAUUAAAUAAUAAGGAACUGCUCAGAAUAAAGCACUAA